UAUGACGAACUCGUGCAGAAACUUUUUAAACAAAUGUUUCCAAUAUUUUCACGAUACGAAACUGUUUUCUAUCAAAACAAAAUAGCCAUUUUACAGUUAUUACCUGUAAUAACAAACUAAUAAGUAAAUGGAGACUACCGCACAUAAUCCUUAAUGGCAAACGCGAGAAAUAAUCCCGCUAAUGGUUGGGUGAUGGCAAUUGGCACAGAUAAUUGAUUGAUUCUUUCAUUCAUCAUCAUCAGUAACUUUCCCGCCAUAAAAAUGCAAUUUCUAACAUAUCUGUGGUCGCAGUUCAAUGCCCUUUAUUCGCUAGACUGCCAGACGUCUGUAAUGUGUGCACUCUUGUUGCUCAUUAUCUGAACACUGAGUAAUGCCAUUGACGAAUCGACAGCGAAUUAAAAACGUUUGAUAUCUUGUGUCAUUUAAAACAUCCGCUCGAAAGGAAUUGCUAUUUUGGUAGUCGAGUUUCUGUAGUACGAUAAGUUUUCAUAAACGAAUACGAGUAACUUCAAUGGCGGAUUUUUGAUGUAGCAUGAAGGAAGCACGUUUUAAUUGGGAAGGGUUGUAAAGCGAUAAAAAUAUGCCCCUAAUUGCGUUUGGUUUGAUUUCGUUAGUGUCAUUUACAUUUCACGUUUUUGUAUUAACAUCGAAAAAGCUUAUAAUAGAACAUUUUGGGAAGCUUAGCAGGCAGUACGUACUGAUAUGUCAUUUGUGGGUGACUUUAUCCUUUCAGAUCCCCAAGCGGUCACCGGUGACCGCUCUUCACUAACUCAUUAUAGACCUUAUUUUCAAAGUUUAGAGAAUACUUUUGUAUGAAUGAAUUUAGCGGACGAUUUUCAACGGGUUUGUUUUCUACCACAAAAGUUUUAAUUAAGCAUUUCAUACAAGUAACUUUCUUUUAGUUAAACGGCACGGUACAAUUCAAAGUUGAUGAUUCCGGAGGGUUGAAAGAUUGCGUGUUAAUACCUAAUUUGGUACUGUUACUUGAUUACACCUUUCGAUACGCAUACUUUAUUACGGAAGUAAAUCACAAAUUGCGUGAUUAUGUUCAGUAUUAACACUUUAAAGUUUUUGUUACUAUCGUGCCAUUGUUUUGUGAAGCUUUGGGUGAAAUUCUCUAGCACUUUGCAAUACUCAAAUUGUAAAAAAUUCAGCCAUGCGUCACUAUGGAUCACACUUGUAGUGUUGAAAUCCCGCGAAUUCAGCUGUCAGUUUGAAAAUGACAGCUGUCAUUGCCACCUCGCUCGCAUUAUUUUUACCGGAAUAACUGCAAGAAUUUGUAGUUUCAAAGACAAUUUAGAUUUUCCUAUAACAUGUUUUAAUUGAAGAAUCUAUCUUACUUAGCAAAAUUCAGCAUUCAGCUGUGAAAACACGACAAAUGCGGAGGUAUCGUUAUUUCUUAAGAACAGACAGUAAUCAGCCUCUUUGAGACAAUUGCAGACUUACUUGGAUCGUGGAGCUACACAGUGCAGUAACUUUCAAACUUGUUCUCACGUAGUCCCACUCCGUCAGGCAGUGGAUGCGGCCGCCCGAAUAAAUCUCUAGACUUUUAUCAAGUUUCAUAUUUUUGGAGCAUAUCCGUGACCUGUUUUCUUAAAAACUUGUGUAGCGCCCAAGUGUGUCUUCCAGGUCUCGUCUCAGCUUUUAUGUAAGAUUUUAGACGAAAUAUUAAAAUGUACGAGAAUAACUGUGGAUGUUUAGAUGUAUGUCCUCUUACAUGAUUGCGGUUUCCUAAGUAUGCUCUUAGCGAUAUUAAGACAUGAGACUUCGUUAUUUUACGGAGAUAUAAGAAAAUAGUAAAGUUCGCGUGAGUUGCUAAUUUAUUGGCUCAUGAAAUUAUUAUGCCGUAGCACGUUUAGAGUUAACAGAACAGUCGAACUUUCGCGUUUUCUUCAAAAACUUGAACACGUGUUAUUUACCUUUACGCUUCAGCAUGUUAAUGAGUGUGUUAACACCAGUUAAAAGCUACGUCGAUCCAUCAAAUAUUUAUUAACAUACUUGACCGGUAUUUGAGCUGAAUUUGCGGUCACAACAAAAGCUAACCGCUGCCUAACUGUAAACAUACAAUUCGUCAAUGCAGUAUGUAUGCCACGUCGUCCAGUUAUAAAGAUUAUUACAGAUGAUAACUGAUAGCCGCAUGCGCAUAUAUUGAUGCCGAAAUAAGUCCUAAUUAGCCAUGUGUGGGGUACCCGUUGCGCAGACAGGUCAUUGUUCCAACCGACUGUUUAAGUCAGCACGCUUUUUGGUAUUCGCGACGGGGACAGGUGGCGCGCGUGACACCUGCUUCCGGCGAUGCGCGUACGCAUAUUUGGGAUAUAGAAUGCAUGUCGCGGACGGUUUAUUGGUCAGUCGUGUCUGGACGUUCGAUGCGUACACAUGUCAUGUCAUGCACGGCGCCGGUCUCGCAGGCUUUCGAAACAAGACAAGCAGUUUUGUAGUAAUCUGCCAAAUGUUGCAAAAACCAAUCAAAAGUGGACUGUGAUCGCCUUUUAGGCGUUAAAUUAGUAGUAAUAGUGUAUUAAGUGCUUCUUUACCAAAUAUUUAUACCUUGUAACCAAUAAAAUCAGCCUUAAUUAAGAACGAAGUCACCUUAAAGGACCAAAAGAAUUUUGUAAACUUUUUAGUAGUUGACGAACGCCUUAAUUUUUUACGAAAUUCUAGUGUAAGUGUGAUUGUAUAACAGUGCUUAUAAUAUGAGACACAUUUUUUACUAAAUCAUUUUGUACGAUAUCUAUAUCAACGAAUUUUCGUAGAAUGAUACAUUUGGAGUGUGGUUUGUGGUGGUUCCGUGAUAACGUGAGGUGGUGUUGAAACAGUGAGAAAGUUGCAAAAAUUUGUUACCAUGGAGCGUUGCGAUGGAUUCCUGGUCUACAGAAAGCCGGUGUACAGGGUCUUCCAGUAUUUGGAAACCCAUGAGCCGGAAGGUGGCGGGCGGUGCGGCGAGGGUCCGCUAGCGCGCGCCAUGCAGCCCGCACCUCCGGGCGGCUCGCCCAAGAGGCACCAGUCUUCCGCACCAGCACAUGGAGGCGCAGCAGGCGACCAGUCCACACUAAAGGUCCACCUUCCCAACGGUGGGUUCAACGUGGUGCGGGCUUCAGCUGACGAGGAUGUGAGGUCGGUGCUCCGGCUGCUGGCCGCCAGGCUGGCUGCUGGAGACAGGGUAUACGCGUCAUGCUUUGCGUUACGAGCAAAGAGGCUGACUACUGGCAAGAUCCGUUGGAUUCACCAGGACACGCCUGUGUCGGAGCUCCUAACAAAAUGGCCGGCGAGCGAGUGGCGGCUGGAGCUGCGCGUGCGUUACUUGCCCGCCAACCUGCGCGACCUCUGCGACGCCGACCGGGUCACCUUCCAUUAUUACUACGACCAGGUUCGACACGACUACCUCAACGCCAAUCAUCCAAUGGUAGACCAGGAUUUGGCGAUACAAAUAUGUUGUUUAGAAAUUAAAUACUUCUGUAAGGAUAUGCAAACAUCUCUGGACAAAAAGUCCAACAUCGAGUACCUGGAGAAAGAGUUCGGCCUGCACAAGUUCCUGCCCAAGUCUGUGCUCGACGCCAUCAAACCCAAGGUGCUCAAGAAGGCCAUACAACAACAAUUUAAAAAGGUGGCCAACCUAAGUGACACUGAAUGUAUGCUCAAGUACCUGGACACGAUGCACACACACUACGGGUACGACCGGGAGACGUUCACCGGCGCGCUCGGCACUGGCUGGUCUAUACCUGUCGAGCUCGCCAUCGGACCUUUUAUUGAUAUAUCAUACGUGUCCCACAAGGCGGGCGAGCCCCCGACGUACACAAAGAUCGCGUCGUUCAGUGACAUCGUGGCCGUGCAGACACUCAAGUCCAACUGCACGCAACAGUCGCAGACGCAGAGUGGCUCCUGUGGUAAGGCCGCGUUACAACUACGGGUAAAGGGAGCGACAGAGACGCUCACUAUCACGUGCAGCAGUGUAGAGGCAGCAGAAAGUUUAGCUGAUUUAGUAGAUGGCUACUGCAGACUGGUCACAGAGUCACAAACAUCUUUAUGGAAUAGAACAACUGAGAUGAGCAGCAGUUCAUCGGAGGGUAAGACGAGUUCGUGGGAGGCGAACACGGCGACACUACUGUCCGAGGACUACGCGGAGAUUGUUGAUGAUGACGCCGACUACUCUACUCCUGCAGUUCGAGAUUACGAAUUAGUGCGGAAUCAAAUAGAACUGACAGGUAUCAUCGGUGAAGGGCAGUUCGGAGACGUUCACAAAGGUACAUGUAAAGUGACAUCGUCGAACCACCCGUCACUCCGGCGCCAGCUGGCGGCGGGCGCGGCGCGCGGCGACUCCGUACUGCCCGUCGCUGUCAAGACUUGCAAGAUGGACGCCGACCUGGACACCGCGGAGAAGUUCCUAGAGGAAGCUUACAUAAUGCAGCAAUUCUCCCACCCGCACAUCAUCGGCCUAGUGGGUGUAUGUAGUUCCCCGCCGAUUUGGAUCGUCAUGGAACUCGCUACACUGGGGGAGAUGAGGGCCUAUUUACAACAAAAUGCACACAGACUAGAAACCUGCACACUAGUCCUGUACAUCUACCAGCUGUCCACGGCACUCAGCUACUUGGAGAGCAAGAAGUUUGUACACAGAGACAUUGCGGCCAGGAAUGUACUUGUGUCUACUCCUACUUGUGUUAAGUUAGCAGACUUCGGUCUAUCAAAGAUGGUGGAGGACAAGUCGUACUACAAAGCGUCGCGCGGCAAGUUGCCCAUCAAGUGGAUGGCGCCUGAGUCUAUCAACUUCAGGCGGUUCACGUCCGCUUCCGACGUAUGGAUGUUUGGCGUAUGCAUGUGGGAAAUAUUAAUGUUGGGAGUGAAACCCUUCAGCGGCGUGAAGAAUAACGACGUGAUAGGUAAACUAGAGAACGGCGAGCGGCUCGCCCUCCCUCCUCGCUGCCCUCCCCGACUGUACUCCGUCAUGUCGCGGUGCUGGGCGUAUGAACCUAGUCAGAGACCCGCUGCACAUCAACUCAAAGAGACCUUGUUUGAGAUCCUACAAGAGGAGCGCAGUUCAGCGUGGGAGACGAUGCGGAGAGAGAACAGACGAGUCGCGGCUGGAUCCGUCAGCGAGGAACCCCCGCCCAAACCACAACGACCUUCUAAUAAUAUUCCAGUGACCGACAACGUCCCAGGCGGCGCGGGCGCAGCGCAGACGUACAUAGUGGCCCAGAACCCGCUCGUCCUGGCACAUCUACUCCGGGAGAACACGGCGCGCGCGCAUCUACCGCACGCGUACACCACGCCCGCCUCGAGUCCAGAAUGCGACAGUGAACAAGCAGUGGAAAGGCGAUUGCUAGCCGAACUAGCAAGACAACAACAUCAAAGCGAAGAAGACAGAAGAUGGUUGCAGAUGCAGGAAGAGAACUUGAAAAAGCGCUUGUCCAACGUGCAACUAUCAACUGAGUCCGAACCGGGCAGUGAACAGAAGCCGGACGGUACCAAUACAAAUGAACCGAGACCACCUAGUCAAACACAUUCAGCGACGACGUCUGCCGAGACGAGUCCUGCAAACACUGUAUCCAAAGAACGACCACCGAGCGAAGAUAAGUCUGGCCGCAACACCUCCGAGCCAGUGUACUGCGCGACGACGAGUGUAGUCCGCUGCGUGAUGCGGCUGGCGGGCGCGGCGGCGGGCGGGGCGGGCGCCGCCGGCGUGCUGGCCGCCGUGCGCGCCGUCGGCGCCGAGCUCCGGGACCUCUGUGCUACUGUUGAUAAAGUCGUCGUGCCAUUCCCACAGCAUGCGCAGAGGGAGGUGGAGAUGGCGCACCAAGUGCUGAGCAAGGACAUGGCGGCGCUGGUGGAAGCCAUGCGCCUCGCCAUACAGUACCACAACACUACGCUGCAGCAUGAGUACACUAAAAACAUGCUAGCAGCCGCCCACAUCUUAGCUAUGGACGCUAAGAACUUGUUGGACGUAGUGGACUGUAUCCGCGACCGACACCCCAACAUAGACUGGCGCGCCGCCUUACAGCCGCCGCAGGAACCUACCAGCCCUAACGCGCAGGUGGCAACCCCACAGAACCAGACCCUAACCUCGCAGAACCAAGUGUUCGCGCCUCAGAACCAGGUGUAUAUACCACAGAACCCGGUGCUAAGCAACCAGUCGUCGGUGCAAGAGGAAGAGACGCCGCCUCCGAAGCCGGACUUCAAGAUCAACCAGCCAGUGACCACCAGCCAGCUCACUGUUACGGAACAACCACCGAAAGAACAUAGCAGCCUCCCCGCCGCACCCAACAGGGUGUCCACUCUCAUACACAACUACAACCUCUACGGCAACGUUAGGGAACCACAGCACAUCUACGGCAACACCGAAGCCUCCUCCUUCCAAUACUCCUCAUCGAGCUCCGAUGACGUCAAGGUGGACUCCGCCCCCAUGGAGUCCGUCAAAAGUCGUGUUCAGGCCAUCUCCGGCAAACUUGACUCCCCCCCUAUCUAUUCCGUCAGCAAAAAAAUGAUACCACUCGAUCAAAAUAUUGGUCACACCGACCAAGGGUGAAUGACCUUUUGACGUUUUUCGCUUGUAGUGGCAAUUUUUUUAUUUUUACGUCGUGUGACGUUGACAGCUUUACAUAGGCUAUGACCUAAUAUUAGAACGAUUAGUGUACUUACCCGGAUAUGCUCAUAGAUAUUUCGUUUGCCGCUUGAAUACUAUAGUGCGACGUUUAUUUGGAAAAGACAAAUAAUGCUCAAUAUUACCAGUAGCGAAUUAAGUGAGCCAAAUAAUUGUCGUUGUUUCCAUCCAUUCGCGUUCGUUUAUAUCGGAGUUCAUAUACAUUAACCGUUUAUUAUUACUAUUGUAUUUACGUAAAUAGCGCGACCAAAAGGCAGUGGAAAGGCAGACGUUAAAAAUGAAAAUCUUCAGUAGGUAACUUUUACUGGUAAUCUAAAUUUAAUACCUUACGUUGUACGUAAAGUCAAUUUAAACUAAACAAUUUAAUUGUAAAGGAAUGUAACCCUAUUUGCCUAAAAAUUAUGGCCUAAAUUAUAAAGCCCUUUCGCACUUUCCACUGCUAAAAUAUUUUUGUAUCUUUGUAGAUGCGGAUGAGAUUAUUUUUUGCUUUUUUGAAAGCUUUUUUAUUUACGCGCGUUAUUUGCGUGAAUAUAACAACUAUACAUAGAACUAUAUGUUGGUCAUCUAGUGAUAUCUAUUUACAUAUCAUCAGGGCACCGAAUUCUUAUUAUUUAUAAACGUUUCCACAUUUUCAUGUACCUAUUCUCAUCGAAUAUUCAUGUAAAAACAUAAAAAAGAAUAUGAUUAUACAAUAAGACAUAGUACUUUGACUCCAUAAUUAAUAGUCGAGAGCCUCUGUUAAAAAAAAGUUGAAACUCAUUGAUUCAAAAUGGCGGCCGUAGGUAUAUUAAAAUGGAUGGCGCCAAACUUUACAAAUAUCUGUCAAGUUUAAUCGAUUGGAAUCAAUGGAAACGUUUUAAUUGAUACAGAAAGAGGGCCCAGCAUUGUUGUGCUUCAAAUAAAUACGUGGUGUUGCUAUUCAUAAAAUUAUUAUUCGACAUAUCUUCGUUCUACAUCUCCCAUCUCCCAUAAUAACGUUGUCACACAGAACUGUUUGUGAAAAUCAUGAUAAUAUUGAUUUGUGAUAUUAUUGCCAAUAAAAUUUGAAUACUUUUUAUAAUAAGAACGGCUAUGUAACGCAGUACAGUGAGCACAUUCCUCAAACAUGCACCUAAUGAGUAAGUUUUGUAGUUAUUUUUCAUACAAAUUUUAUAUUUUUGGUGUAACGGUGUUGCAGAUUUUAUACUCAACCAUUACUGGUGCGUAUGUAUAAGAAUAAAUUCUUCCAUAGAACAAUAAUUACCCGAUAUCUUUUGAAAUUGAUUAGAAAGUAUUAUGUUUAAUGUAAAAUGUAUUAUUGCGAGUAAUUGUGUAUAUUUUUCGUUAGUUAAGGUGCGUUUACAUGUCACAACAUAAAUUGUAACACUUUUGCAUUUAACUCUUUACAUUCUCACUCAGUAUUCAGCCGGAUUUGAAAUGUAUUUUCUUUGUAAAAAUGUACAAAACAAAUUGUCAAUAAUAAUUGUUACUAUAAUUUUUUUAUCCAAAGUUUUUAUUAUAAGCUUAGAUCUCAGUUGGAAUUUGUAGCGUACGUUAAAUCGAUUAGUUUUGUAAUUAAUGAAAUCAGAAUUUAUUUAUUGACGUCUCUUGGUUUAUUUGUAAAGUUGAUUUUCCUAAUGUGUUAGAAGUAAGCAGGAUAUCAUUCCAAAGUAUAAUGGUUAUAUUAAGCAGUACGUAGUCCAUAUAUUAUUGUAGUGAGCUGCCCGAGAUUAUUUUCCAAAUAUCUGAUAAUGGUGGACCGGUUUUUCUUUACGCAUUGAAUAAAGGACAAGUCAAUCAUU